AUGGAGUGGUUUGGACGGGCCAGCAUCGAGUUUACGCACUCGGCGACGCCGUUGCAGCUGACGCGCAAGAGCAAGGACAAGGAUGGCGACGGCGACGGCGACAUGAUCGACCUGCCGCAGCUGUGUCGCGACAGCACGCCGCCGUGCCAGCUGAACCCGCUGCUGUUCAACGGCCACCUGCAGACGUUCUGGACGGCUGUCGGGAACGCGGCACCGCACGUCUACUAUCGGCGGCGGGUAUUUGAGUCAACGCACGCCCUGUACGGCGGUUCCUUUGCCGUCGACUUUGCCGUGGCGCCGCACGAGGACGAGGAUGCGGUGCUGCCGCCGCGGACAGCGCCUUUCGACGAGGCUGCUUUUGCCGACAUCGGCUCCGACGACUGCCGACCCAUGCUGCUCGUGCUGCACGGCCUCUCGGGUGGCUCGUACGAGGUGUAUCUGCGCCACUGCAUUGCGCCACUGCUCGCCGACGGCCGCGACUGGGCCGUCGCCGUCAUCAAUGCGCGCGGCUGUGCUAACAGUACCCUUACUAGCGGUAUGCUCUUCAAUGCCCGCGCCACCUGGGACGUCCGCCAGGUCGCCCGCUGGGCCCGCCAGACGUUUCCGAACCGGCCGCUCUUUGGGCUCGGCUUCUCGCUGGGCGCCAACAUCCUGACCAACUACGUCGGCGAGGAGGGCGUCGACUGCCCGCUGACGGCCGCCGUCGCCGUCGGCAACCCGUUCGACCUGCAGCUCUCCAACAAGGCGCUCCAGCGGACGUUUGUCGGCAAGCACGUCUACGAGUCCGUCAUGGCAGGAAACCUCAAGGCGCUCAUCUCCAAGCACAGAGACGUUCUCGAGAAGACCACCGACCUGAACUUUGACCGCAUCAUGGCCGGGAACACCCUCUACGAGUUCGACCGGGAGGUCCAAUGCACUACCUGGGGCUAUCCGACCGAAGACGCCUACUAUCGCGAUGCUUCUUCGUCAGACUCGGUCACGGCCAUCCGCAUCCCCUUCCUGGUCAUUCAGGCCAAGGACGACCCGAUCGCCCCCGAAGAAGCGGUGCCGUACGGGGAGCUGAAGCUCAAUCCCUAUACCGUCCUCUGCAUGACUUCGCUCGGCGGCCACCUGUCCUGGUUCGAGCCGAUGGGCGGCCGCUGGCACGCAAAGCCGGUGUCCAACUUUCUGCACAAAUUCGCUACAGAGAUCGAUCUGGACGCGAUUCCGCCGCGACCAAAGGAUCUCAACACGACGACACCGAAGAAAGGCGGUCCCAAGGGAGGGCCGUUCGACCCCAUGCGGAGACGGAUGCAGGCUCACCAUGAUUCAUACAUUGCAUAG